GCGGCGCGUGCGCCGGGAAUGCCGGGAGUGGUUGUGGUGUGCUGGCGGACGCAGGUGAAGCUGUGCCGGAUCGCGGCGGGCUGAGCUCGCAAGUAGGCUCCCGCCAUUGCUGGAUUCCGGCUCUGUCUUCCUGCAAGCUGACUCUUCUUUGUGAGAGAAAACUCCUCAGCUGCUAUUCUCUGUUGCUAUUCUCUGUUGCUCAGCCAGAAGUUGUUGAAGCUGCUCUGUGUGCAAUUCCUCUGCAUAUUUCUCUACCAGUUCUCAACAUCACCCGUCUACCUGAAAGCCCAGUGUCUCAGUUAUAGUGACAGGGUCAUCAGCUACAUGCAUCUUACAGUUAGCUGUCACCUGCUGGACUAGAGGCUGCAACAGAGGAGUUGUAUUAGGUGGAAAGAACUUGACAGCAAUGGGAAUUCAACAGCCAGUUCCUCUUCAAAGUCUCUUGGGAUUUCAAUUUGUUGAAAUGAGCAAUCGUAAAUCAAAGAACAACUUACUGCAUGGAGAGUCCCUUUUGCAGAUACAAAGAAUUUUACGGGAAAGAUUUUGUCAUCAGAUUCCACAUAGUAACCUAUUUGGAGUGCAAGUACAGUACAGACACUUACUUGAACUGCUAAAAAGAACCGCUAUACAUGGAGAAAGUAAUUCAGUACUCAUUGUUGGACCCCGAGGAUCAGGAAAGACCAUGUUAAUAAAUCAUGCUUUAAAAGAACUCAUGGAAAUAGAAGAAGUGAGUGAAAAUGUAUUACAAGUUUAUCUAAAUGGACUGCUGCAGAUCAAUGAUAAAAUUGCUCUGAAGGAAAUCACAAGGCAGUUACAUCUGGAAAAUGUAGUGGGAGAUAAAGUUUUUGGAAGUUUUGCUGAAAACUUUUCAUUUCUUCUGGAAGCUUUAAAAAAAGGUGACCGCACUAGUAGUUGCCCAGUGAUCUUCAUAUUAGAUGAGUUUGAUCUUUUCGCUCAUCAUAAAAACCAAACACUCCUCUAUAAUCUUUUUGACAUUGCUCAGUCUGCACAGACUCCAAUAGCAGUUAUUGGACUUACAUGUAGAUUGGAUAUUUUGGAACUCCUAGAAAAAAGAGUGAAGUCUCGAUUUUCUCACCGACAGAUACACUUAAUGAAUUCAUUUGGUUUUCCACAGUAUGUUAAAAUAUUUAAAGAACAAUUAUCUCUGCCUCCAGAAUUUCCAGAUAAACUUUUUGCUGAAAAGUGGAACCAAACUGUUCAGGGUCUCUCAGAAGAUAAAAGUGUACGAGAAGUUUUACUGAAGCAUUUUAAUGUCAGCAAAAACCUGAGGUCAUUACACAUGCUAUUGAUGCUUGCUUUAAAUCGAGUAACAGCAUCACACCCACUUAUGACUGCAGCAGAUCUGAUGGAGGCAGCCCAGCUUUGUAGCAUGGAUUCUAAAGCAAAUGUUGUACAUGGACUGUCAGUCUUGGAAAUUUGUCUUAUAAUAGCUAUGAAACAUUUAAAUGACAUCUAUGAAGAAGAGCCCUUUAAUUUUCAGAUGGUCUAUAAUGAGUUCCAGAAAUUUGUUCAAAGGAAAGCCCAUUCUGUUUAUAAUUUUGAGAAACCUGUUGUCCUGAAGGCUUUUGAACACCUACAACAAUUAGAAUUAAUAAAGCCUGUGGAGAGAACUUCAGUAAAUUCACAGAGAGAGUACCAGCUGAUGAAACUACUAUUGGAUAAUACGCAAAUCAUGAAUGCUCUGCAGAAAUACCCUAACUGCCCUACAGAUGUGAGACAGUGGGCAACCUCCUCGCUAAGCUGGCUAUGAGCACCAUUUCCUUCGUGACAUUUCAGAAAUGAUUGGCUGAAGACCUUAAAGCUGUUCUCCUUUGCAAGAUGUUACUGCAUUAUUUUAUAUUUAUUUUUAAUUUAUGAGAAACUGUUGCAUGUAUAUCCUGACUGUGUCUCACCUUUAAGUCACAAGCAGUUACGUGAUUUAUAGUUUGGUCAUUGACUUAGACUGUGCUGUAAAUAGCAGUUCGGAAGAACGAAAUGUGAUUAUUUUAGAGA